ACACGGUAGGUGGCGCUUUGCCUAGCGUAUUCUUGUAAUUUAUAGUCGGCAGAAGUUUAAUAUUUACUGUAGUUUAUUAAGCAUAUUUUUAAAAUUAAUUAAUAAUGAGUGAAGAGAAAGAUGCGAAAGAUGAGACAGUGCAAGAAUUCAAACUUGAAAUUGAAACAGAGUUAAGGUUUGAAGUUGAAGGAAAAAAUAGAGUUACUGUUGAACUUAAAACAGGUUUGGCAGAAAUAUUUGGCACAGAAUUAGUUAAAAACAAAAAAUAUGUAUUUACUGCGGGUGCCAAAAUAGCUGUAUUUACUUGGCAUGGCUGCACAAUUGAAUUAUGUGGAAAAACAGAAUCAACUUAUGUAGCCAAAGAGACACCAAUGAUAAUGUAUGCUAAUAUACAUGCAGCAUUUGAACAGAUGAGAUUGAAAGCAGAAGAAGAAGAUACAAAAGGACCAACAGUGUUAAUUGUAGGUCCAACAGAUGUCGGAAAAAGUACAUUGUGUAGAAUUAUUCUUAAUUUUGCAGUAAGAAUUGGCAGAAGACCCAUUUUUGUUGAUUUGGAUGUUGGACAGGGUCAAAUAUCUAUUCCUGGGACAAUUGGGGCCUUAUUAGUUGAACGCCCAGCAGAUGUUGAAGAAGGUUUUUCUCAACAGGCUCCAUUAGUUUACCAUUAUGGACAUAAAAGUCCUGGAAGUAAUAUUGUCUUAUAUAAUACACUAGUAUCAAGAUUAGCAGAAGUAAUUAACUUACGUGCAGAAAGUAAUAAAAAAGCAAGCGUCAGUGGUGUAAUCAUCAAUACCUGUGGUUGGGUGAAAGAAGAAGGUUAUAAAGCAAUAUGCCAUACUGCUCUUGCAUUUGAAGUUGAUGUUAUUUUAGUUUUGGAUCAAGAAAGAUUAUAUAGUGAACUAUUUAGAGACAUGCCACAUUUUGUGAAAGUUGUUUUAGUUCCAAAGUCUGGUGGUGUUGUUGAAAGAAGUCAAAGGUCAAGAGCCGAAGCAAGAGAUAAUCGUGUUAGAGAAUACUUCUAUGGAUUAAGAACUCCACUAUAUCCACAUUCUUUUGAUGUGAGAUUUAGUGAUAUCAAGAUAUAUAAAAUUGGAGUUCAUCAAAACAAACCAAAAAAAAGAAUUUCUUUUCCAGUAGAAACUGCAGCCAAUUUACUUCAUUGUGUCUUGAGUGUUAGUUUUGCUGGAAGUAUAGAAGAAGAUAUUAUUCAGACAAAUGUUGCAGGCUUCAUUUGUGUAACUGCUGUUGACAUGGAAAGACAAUUGCUUACUGUUCUGUCUCCUCGUCCUCGACCAUUGCCAAAAACUGUUUUACUUUUAAGUGAUAUACAAUUUAUGGAUUCUCACUGAUUUGUAUUUAUAAUGUAUUUUAAUUGUACUGAUAAAUCUCAUAUGUACAUAACUCAUAUAACAAAUAAAACAUUUGUUGACAAAAGAAUUUUUGAAGAAAAA